UUGUUAUAUAUUUCACAUUUCCGGAUGUCUUUUUCUUAUAUACAUGGGCUUGCAAGGUUGUUCUUCAUCCCAUAAGCUUGUACAUUCUAUAUCUGAGUUUACAUAUGUAUUCUUCCGACUGCAUCUUUUGAUUCCCCUAAACUUCAGCGAGUUUCUCUCUUUGAUUUUCGGCCAUGGUGGAGCGAUGGAAUACUCACAAGGAAACGUUGAAGAAGCUAUUCUUGGAGGACGGAAUGACCAUUCAAGAAGUGAUAGGUGUAAUGAAGGAAAAACACAAUUUCCACGCUAGCAAGGCACAAUACGAACGGACAUUCAGAAAAUGGGGUUUUCGAAAACGCUUGGAUAAUCCUGAAGCCACUUGGAAAUUUAUCGCUGAUCGCAUUGAACGACGAAAUCGUCAGGGGAAAAAAAGCGAAGUGUGUAUUGGCCGCGAGAAGAUCUCCGUCUCAAAGGUUAAGAAGGAAAUAUCUCGGUAUAAUCUUCCUUCUUACAACAAAGCUUCUACUCCCAAAACUCCCCAGGCUGUCCGCGUUUAUACGCCUUAUUACUCGAGUUCAUCAAAACCACAAACCCCUUUAACUCCCGACCAAGCCAUUUCUCAGAGUUCCCAGAAAGUCCCUUCGUCUAUCGGAAUCUCGAAUGCGACAACGAGUCAGGGGUAUAUCCCAUUGUCAAUUAGAGAAACCCCUGUCGCCACUCCUCCGCCAGAGACACAGAGCCAGAACACGAGCAACAAGGAAUCGAUACCUUUGUAUCUGCGGAACCCGGUUGCAAUUGAUAAUACAAAGGCGAGCAUUGCUAAAUUUGCAAGUCAGAUUACCUGUCUCUUCUGGUUUGAGAAUCCAUUUAAAUUGAUAGCCAUCGAGUAUUCAAAGGUGACGGCCGUCCCUAUCUCUACCGAGGCAGUGCCCACAAUAGGAUUCCAGAAAUGGGUGGAAAUGAUUCUUUUCACCACCCAAAUCAGCCAUAAUGUCAUUAUACUGGCCCUUCUCUUCAUCUAUCGCCUGAAGCAGACGAACCCAAAGGUUAUAGGAAAAAGGGGCAGUGAGUUCCGACUGCUGACCACUGCAUUGUUAAUGGGCAACAAAUUUCUGGAUGACAACACCUAUACCAAUAAAACCUGGGCUGAGGUAUCUGGAAUAGCAGUACAUGAGAUCCACACUAUGGAAAUCGAGUUUCUAAGCAACAUACGGUACAAUCUGUUCAUUUCUUACGAAGACUGGACGCUCUGGCGCUCUACACUUGGUCGGUUCGCGGCCGUCUCUGAUGAGGCUUUGGGUAUGUGGAUUAAAAACCACCCAAUCCUAGCCGAUCCUGUGUCGCAAGCAUCACCAAACCCGGCACGUUCGCCUGGCCCAAACGGCUUACCGUCAUUGCCAGCUUCAAAAUCACACUCCCAUCCUACAACCGGCCUCCAUCAAUCUCAAAAUACCUUGAGCCCACCAUUGAGUGCUGGCUCCCCCAUUCGGAUACAAUCCCCGACACGACAACUCCCUGGUAAUGACUUUCCCCAGUAUUCUCGCAAGCAUAGAUUAAAUGACUAUGUCGAAGAAGGGUCGGGAGCGGGAAUGGUCUCACUUGAAAAUCGUCCACACAUGUCGCCGUUUUUACCGGUAGUCUCCUCUGUACUAUUUCCUCCGCUAGUUGAACCUCUAGUCACGAUGUCGCCUCUAGAGCCUACACCAAUUCUACGUUCUCCUCGUUUACUACAGCUGGGCGACUAUCAAGCGACCUCAAAUUCCAUCGCCCCUCUGACCUUACCAUACACUCGCUCGUCCUACUCUUCAGUCCCGGCACAGGAGUCUCCUCCGUUUCCUAUAAAUGUAUUCAGCCGCUCAUUUCCGCACGGGAAUGUCCAUUCCUUUAGCACCAUGUCUUCAUUUGAUGAUCUCUAUGAUCGGAUAUCUGAAAUCCCCCUUUCACCGCCUCUCUUAUACAACAGAAUGUCUCCUUACAGUCCAGCGAUGACAAUGAGUACGUUGCUUAGUCCUCCGCCUUCAAGCGUAUCUUUCCAGUCACGGAAGAUCUCCAUGGAUCAGUUGCACUAUCACCACAUUGGAAAGCUUGCCACCGAAAAGAAGACUGGUGUGCUUCCGUAUCUCCAUCACGAUGCAUGGAUGGGCUAUCCGACAUCCCAACAAACGUCCCCGUAUAUGACUAUGUUAUCAUCGAAUUCCUCCCCCUUUGAGAGCAAUCCACAGCACCAAUUAGAAGAAGGAACUCCUUCUUUUGCUGGAAAUACACAAAUGCCUUUCUCCCCCUAUGGAAACGGAUGAACUCGACCACACGCUCUGUCCCAUGUGGCUGGUCUGGCAUAUCUUGCUUGGAAGAGAUAGUUAACGGGCCAGGAUUGUAGCUAGGAGGGAGAGCUGGAUCAUUGGUGAAGGAUUGUUG